AUGACAACAUUCGACGUCAUCGUUCCUGGAGGAACGAUUUUUAAAGGGGCGGACGUCAAAGGGAGAACUUCUUAUAUAAAUGGGCUUGACACUAAUGGUAGCCAACUCAAAUCUAAUGUAACAAAUGGUGGUGAGAGGACACAAAUAGAUUUAUUUCAGUCUCUCCCUUUUUUUUUCUCUGAUAGUAAGAGUCUUCGUAAAGAACUCCCCAUUAACACAUACCGUGAUUUGACCAGAACAGAACACCAGGAAAUAACAGAUGACUUGCAGGAUUGGAUGGCGAGUGUCAAUGAAGAGGAUGAGGCAUUGAAGAAAUCGGGUGGAACUAAAGGAAUGGAAAACGAUAAUCUUCCUCCCAUUAGAACUGCAGCUAGCAGUGAUGUACCCCAUGCUCAGCCUCAAAAACCCGCAACUGAAAAGAAGAAGCCAGUGACACCACGUAGCUAUCAUGAAUGGGACAGAAUUGAUCCUGAUAAGGAGAUAGAAUCUUUGGAGAAACAAGAGGAGGAAGAAAAGAAAAAGAUGCAGGAGAAAGUAAGGGCAACCAACAAAAAUGCAAUCUCAGCAAAUGUAGAUUUGGCAGGAAAGAGUGACACUGAAAGGAAAAUUCUUGCCACCAGAGAAAAGGAGAAAGGCAAUGAAGCAUUCCAGAGUGGCCAUUACUCUGAAGCUUUGAUGUUUUAUUGCCGAAGCAUUGAACUGGAUCCAAAAGCAGCAGCAGUAUACAACAACAGGGCACUUGCGGAAAUUAAACUUAAAAAGUUCCAAGAAGCUGUUCAUGAUUGUAAUCAGGUGCUCAGUAUGGAACCCAAGAAUGUGAAAGCUUACUUGAGAAGAUGCCUAGCUCAUCAAGGGCAAGGGCUCAAAGAAGAAGCAAAGGAGGAUCUAACUCAAGUGCUUGCUUUUGAACCCAAUAAUAAAAGAGCCCUGGAAUUGCUCAAUGAAAUAAAGAAGAAGGAAACCAGUCAAAAUGAAGAACACAGCAAGCUUGGCAGAAAAUCAGUGGAAUCGCAGCAAGACAAAAGUGAAUUUAAUGGCACUGAAAGACUUUCUGAUAAACACAGUUCUGAAAACAACAUGUCGUCAACAAAACCCAAAGGAAAAAGGAUGAAAAUCAUAGAAGUUGAGAGUGAAAAUGAACCAGAAACGUCUGCGAAAGCAAAUGAGGAAAGAACCAAUGAAACGUUAGCUAAAUCAUUCACUGAUUCAUCUGAAAAAGCCGAAACUAUUAAAAAAACUAUGGAUGCUGAGCGUUUGCAAUCGAGCGACAAGAAAGGAGUUGAAAAACAGCCGCAACUUCCUGGAUUAGUGCAGAAGGCUCAAGAAGAAGCAACACAAUUGUUUAAACUGGGAAGGUAUGCUGAGGCUGCGGAACAGUUUACACAAGCUAUUGAUAUACUGAAGCAAAGCAAAGAAGAGAAAGUUGCUUUCCGUCAGCCCAUGUGUGCUUUGCUUUGUAACCGCGGCUCGUGUUUGAUCAAAAUCGGUGACUGUACUAGUUGUAUCAAUGACUGUACAUCUGCCUUGGAGGUUUCACCUGGUGCUCUCAGACCAUUCCUCAAACGAGCGGAAGCAUACGGAAUCUUAGAAAAGUUCGACAAGGCUUGGCUGGAUUACCACAUGGCGCUGAAAAUCAGCCCUCAAAACAGCACUGCGUUACAAGGAAACAAAAGGAUUUCAAAACAACUAGAGCGUCUAUAUGGAACGAACUGGAGAGAGAAAGUUUCCCCAAUGGAAUACUCACCAAGUAACAAGUCUUCUGUGGCAUCAUCUACUGAUGGCGCCUCAGGUCGCCCUACCCCCACGCAGUCAGCGGAUAAAGUCACAAACCAACUCCACCCCUCCCCACCUCAGGUGCCAACCGAAAAGGUGCCAACCACUACCCACUCCACGGUAGAGGCCCCUGUUGACCCUGCUGUGAGGUUUGCACAGCGCAAAGAGGAGGGAAAUUCUUUAGUUAAACAGAACCGCUACGAGGAAGCUGUUGCACGAUACACCGAAUGUAUUAAUAUCGAUCCCACAAAUGUAGCAGUUUAUACAAACAGGGCACUGUGUUACUUGCGACUUAAUCAGCCCGAGUUGGCAAUCAGUGAUACAACAGAAGCCCUGAGACUUCAACUAGAUAACGUGAAGGCUCUUUUCAGGAGAGCACUCGCCAAAAAGGCAUUGGGUCAGUAUGAUUCAGCUGCAAGAGACUUGGUAUCUCUCCAGAAGAUUGAACCAAAAAAUGCUGCUGCCAAGAAGGAAUUGAAUGUUGUUCUUGAGAUGUGUCGUAAGGAACGUAGGACAUCACAGGACAACAAUACAAAACCAAAAGAAAGAAAAGAGGAAAAGAAAGCUGAGAAACAGGCGCCAAAAGUCAACCAUGAGCAGACGAAAACAAAAUGGAAAAGGAUAACAAUUAGGGAUGUACAAGAAAAAGACGAAGAGGAUGACGACGAACCCGUCCCCUCGCCGAAACAGCCGUCUGUCCCCACAGCUAACAAGAUCUCAGAUAAAGCGCCAAUAAACUCAGUGGAAGGCACCACAGGUGGAAAGCGAGUCAAGCUUGCAAAGAAAACGCCGUACGAUUUCUUUCAAGCCUGGAACUCGGUGAAAAAGAAUAAUGCCAAGGAUUAUGCUGAUUUACUGAGGCAGCUGGGGGUGAAAAGCCUCCCCAAAGUUCUCAGCAAUAAACUUGAUGCUCCCAUGUUAAAUAACAUCAUGGUAGCCCUCAACCAGGAAAUUGUUCCGCAAGGAGAAGAAAAACUUGCUUGCAACAUUCUUGAAGAGCUUAGUCAUGUCGAACGAUUUGAUAUGGUGUUGUUAUUUAUGUCUUCUAAAGAAAAGAAAGAACUUCAACAGCUUUUCUCUAAGCUUCAAGUUGCAAGGGAACAGAAGCCAUUUGUCACAAGUGAUGAGUUUGAACGGCUACAAAAGAAGUACAGGACUUAGGAAUCUAGUUCAUAGUACUAAAGGACAAGUUAUGCAUCUGCUUUUUUGACAAUUGAAUGAGUUCUCUUGGUUCCUUGCACCAGCUUAAUCUCCGUAACCCUUUGACCCAAUGAGUGACCAGCAUCUAAUUUCUCCUUCAGUCUCACACCUAAAUCAAACAUUAAGAUCACAAGAAUGACAGAAAUGA